GGGACUGCAGCCUGCCCAGGGCAGUGGAGAAGGCAAUCCAGUCUUUCCAAAAGUGGAAGUGUUUGCGUAGACCUUAGAAGAGCGCGUUCUCGCCCUCUGUGGGAGACAAGGACGUAUAUUUGGAUGAAAAGGGAUAUUCCGUUCAGUAGGCUUGAAGCCAGGCCUUCGGCAGAGACCUUGAGCCAGUUGAAAGGGGCUGUCCCACUGGGCGGGUGUGUGUCUACGCGCCCGCGCCCCCUGGGCAAGCGGCUCAUUUGCAUGGGGAGCCGUGACAGCCAAUGGGCGUGUGAGGCCGGGCAUGCCGGGAGCCGAACUGGGCCAGUCCAGCUGCGGCAGUGGCUGGCGGAGCGAGGUGGGACUGGCUCUGGGCGGCGGUGACUGCGAUUGAGACAGUCUGACCAGGAUCGGGGCCCGGGCAGCUACGGCACGCUCGGAGCCCCGAGUACGCGCCGCCCGGGUGACUCGGUGUGCGACCCUGGGAAUCCAGGCCUCAGGCCGGUGGGACACCAUGAACUACCUGAAUGUGCUGGCCAAAGCCCUCUAUGACAACGUGGCCGAGUCCCCUGAUGAGCUUUCCUUCCGAAAGGGCGAUAUCAUGACAGUACUAGAGCGGGACACACAGGGCCUGGACGGCUGGUGGCUCUGUUCACUGCAUGGACGUCAGGGCAUCGUGCCCGGGAACCGCCUCAAGAUCCUGGUUGGCAUGUACGACAAGAAGCCAGCGGGGCCGGGCCCAGGCCCACCUGCCACACCAGCCCAGCCCCAGUCCAGCCUCCCCCAGGGUCUCCAUUCCACGGUGCCCCCAGCUUCCCAGUACACACCCAUGCUCCCUACUACAUACCAGCCACAGCCUGACAGUGUCUACCUGGUACCCACUCCAGGCAAGGCUCAGCAAGGUGUCUACCAAGCCCCUGGACCCAGCCCACAGUUCCAGUCACCCCCAGCCAAGCAGACGUCCGCAUUCUCAAAGCAAACGGCCCAUCACCCAUUUCCCAGCCCAGCCACAGAGCUUUACCAGGUGCCCCCAGGGCCUGGAAGUCCUGCCCAGGACAUUUACCAGGUGCCACCUUCCGCUGGCAUAGGGCAUGACAUCUACCAGGUUCCCCCAUCCAUGGAUACUCGCAGCUGGGAGGGGACGAAGCCACCAGCAAAGGUGGUGGUACCCACCCGAGUGGGACAGGGCUAUGUAUUUGAGGCCUCCCAGCCAGAGCAGGACGAAUAUGACAUCCCACGCCACUUGCUGGCCCCAGGGUCCCAGGACAUCUACGAUGUGCCACCUGUUCGGGGACUGCUUCCCAGCCAGUAUGGCCAGGAGGUAUACGACACACCCCCCAUGGCUGUCAAGGGUCCCAAUGGCAGAGACCCAUUGCUGGAUGUGUAUGAUGUGCCUCCCAGCGUGGAGAAGGGCCUGCCACCUUCCAAUCACCAUGCGGUGUAUGAUGUUCCACCGUCUGUGAGCAAGGAUGUGCCUGAUGGCCCGCUGCAGCGUGAGGAGACUUACGAUGUGCCCCCUGCCUUCGCCAAGGCCAAGCCCUUUGACCCAGCCCGCCACCCACUGAUCCUUGCUGCACCUCCUCCAGACUCCCCACCAACUGAGGAUGUAUAUGAUGUUCCACCCCCUGCUCCCGACCUCUACGAUGUGCCACCAGGCUUGCGGCGGCCUGGCCCCGGCACCUUGUAUGAUGUGCCCCGUGAACGGGUACUUGCUUCUGAUGUGGCUGACGGCAGUAUGGUUGACAAUGGUGUAUAUGCUGUGCCCCCACCAACUGAGCGAGAGGCCCCAGCUGAUGCCAAGCGCCUGUCAGCCUCCAGCACAGGCAGCACGCGCAGCAGCCAGUCAGUGUCCUCCUUGGAGGUGUCAGUGCUAGGCCGGGAGCCCCUGGAGCUGGAGGUUGCUGUGGAAUCCCUGGCACGGCUACAGCAAGGUGUGAGCGCCACCAUAGCCCACCUUUUGGACUUGGUGGGUAGUGCCGGUGGGGCUGGCAGCUGGCGUAGUACCUCUGAGCCUCAGGAGCCACCAGUGCAGGACCUGCGUGCUGCGGUGGCUGCUGUCCUGGGGGCUGUCCAUGAGCUGCUAGAGUUUGCCCGCAGCGCUGUGAGCAAUGCCACCCACACUUCUGACCGCACCCUGCAUGCCAAACUUAGCCGGCAGCUGCAGAAGAUGGAGGACGUGUACCAGACGCUGGUGGCCCAUGGUCAAGUCCUUGACAGUGGCCGGGGAGGCACAGGGUUCACCACUGAAGACCUGGACCACCUGGUAGCCUGCUCACGGGCUGUGCCCGAAGACGCCAAGCAGCUGGCCUCCUUCUUGCAUGGCAAUGCCUCGCUGCUCUUCAGACGGACCAAGGCCUCUGCCCCGGGGCCAGAGGGGGGCGGCCUUCUGCACCCUAACCCCAGUGACAAGGCCAGCAGCAUCCAGUCACGGCCCCUGCCGUCACCCCCCAAGUUCACCUCCCAAGACUCCCCAGAUGGGCAGUACGAGAACAGUGAGGGGGGCUGGAUGGAGGAUUAUGACUACGUCCACCUGCAGGGGAAGGAGGAGUUUGAGAAGACCCAGAAGGAGCUGUUGGAAAAGGGCAACAGCAUGCGGCAGGGGAAGGGCCAGCUGGAGCUGCAGCAGCUAAAGCAAUUUGAGCGACUCGAGCAGGAGGUGUCGCGGCCCAUAGACCAUGACCUGGCCAACUGGACACCUGCCCAGCCUCUGGCACCGGGACGGACAGGUGGCCUGGGGCCCUCCGACCGGCAGCUGCUACUCUUCUACCUGGAGCAGUGCGAGGCCAACCUGACCACACUGACAGACGCAGUAGAGGCCUUCUUCACCGCCGUGGCCACCAACCAGCCACCCAAGAUCUUUGUGGCACACAGCAAGUUCGUCAUUCUCAGUGCCCACAAGCUGGUGUUUAUUGGGGACACGUUGUCACGGCAGGCCAAGGCAGCCGAUGUGCGCAGCCAGGUGACCCACUACAGCAACCUGCUGUGUGACCUCCUACGUGGCAUUGUGGCCACCACCAAGGCUGCUGCCCUGCAGUACCCGUCACCUGCUGCUGCCCAGGACAUGGUAGACAGGGUCAGGGAGCUGGGCCACAGCACUCAGCAGUUCCACCGGGUCCUGGGCCAGCUGGCUGCUGCCUGAGAGUAGAUAACCAGAGUGUGGGGGCAGGGGAGGGGCAGUGAUGGUCUGAGCCACCCCAGGCACCCAUCUUAGGAGUCAGUGUCCUGCAAGCUUGGGGACAGGUAACCCCAGCUCUGCCACAGGCUGGUGCCCUCAACCGUCUGGGGAUUUGUACAUAUUUGUGACAGGGCAGGUGGAGGACGGUGGCUCCUCAGAGACAAUGAAGCUGAGGAGCUGGCUGGUGCUCUUCCCUGAGAGUGUACUGUGGGCCAAGAAGACCAGGGCUGGAGCACAUGGCUCUCCCAGCCCACAGGGCUCCUGUGACCCCUUGGCCUGAUCCUGUCCCCAUGACAGGAGAGAACAGUGGUACACCAGGAGAAAACCUAAAAAACUAUUUUU